AUGCCUGGCCAGACGCUUGCGGGCAAGGUUGCCAUCGUGACGGGCUCCAACGCAGGAAUAGGCGUUGCCAUCGCCCAGGAGCUGUCGUCCCGAGGCGCAAGCGUGGUCAUCAAUUACCCCUUCCCCGCCCUCGCCGAGGAGACCCAGGGGGUGGCCUCGGGCCUGCCCACAGCGUCGACCUCAAUAGCCGUCGAGGCAGACCUGUCGACAGAGGACGGCCCCCAGAGGCUCAUAGACGCCGCCGUGGCGAGGUACAAGACCAUCCACAUCCUCCUGGUCGGCCUGAACGCAAGGGCCGUCUUCCUCCUCGUCCAGGGCAUCCUGCCGCACCUGCCUGCCCCGUCGCCGUCGACCCAGGACCGGCCCCAGACCGACGGCGGCCGCAUCGUCAACAUCGUAUCCAUCUCGUCCCGCGCGGCGCCCCCGCCGCAGACCAUCUACGGCGGCACCAAGGGCAUGGUCGACAGCAUGACCAAGGUCUGGGCCAAGGAGCUCCCGCCCCGGUACGGCUGCACCGUGAACGCCGUGUCGCCCGGCCCCACCAUGACGCCCGGGUUCGCCGCCGCCGGCGACGAGUUCAUGAAGGAGAUGGCCCCCGUCAUGGCCCAGACCCCUGUGGGCCACCGCAUGGCACUGCCCGAGGAGAUCGCCUUCGGAGUUGGCUUCUUGUGCGAGCCACGGGCGAGCUGGAUCAACGGGUUGCACUUGAAUGCGAGUGGUGGGUUGUAUAUCGAAUGA